GUGAGAUGACAGACCUUGCUGAAGACGGCUCUGAAAGAAAACGCAGAAAGAAAGAAGAAAUUUUCCGAUCAAUUUCUCUCUAAAAUUUUUUGCUUACAUAUCUCUCUCUUUUUUUCUUGUACUUAAACAACAAGGAACCAAGUUGGGGUUUUACUGGUUUGGCUUCGGUCCCAUGCUCUCUCCCCCACCGUAGCGGCGGGGGCUCCCACCGUCAAAUGUCUCUACUCCAAUCACCCACCGUUGAUUGCCCCUCUCAACGCUCCUCCACCACCACUGCCGCCGUUGCCAUCAACGGCCACGAUUACCGCGUCUCGUCUAAGCGCAAAUUGGACGAUUAUGCACCGAGUUUCGACGACGAUGACGACUUGGGUUUGUCGGACCUAGUUUCCGUCAGGAUGCGAAAAGACGAGUCCCUCGCGGUGGAUUCCUCCUCCACGGGUAAGAAUCAAUUACCGUCGCCUUCUUGUUCAAGCCACUUCGAUACUCGCGUCGCCGAUGCAAAAUCCGCUCAUUGCUCCUGCUCCUCCACUCCUCCGGGGCCCAGUCGAUUGGUUUCCCGGCUCCAAUUUUUUAUAAGAAUGAUUUCCGAUGGCAACCAUAUUGUUAUACAUGCCAAUUCUGACGACACGGUGAAAUCACUUCACGAGCGGAUUCAGGCAAUCACGGGAAUUCCGGUUAUAGAGCAGAGGCUAAUUUAUAGGGGUAAGCAACUCCAGUGGGAGCAGUCGCUGGCUGAGUGUGCAAUUCAGAACGACGCUGGGCUUCAUUUGGUGGGGCGGAUGCGAAGUACCAAGCACCCGCAGACUUGUCAGCUAAUUGAUGACAUGGUAUCGUUUAUUUCUCGUCUUUGUAAAGCAGGAUUGCCUUGCCAUACUUAUGCCUCAAAACAUAUCAAAAGUUUGAUGAAUGAGUUCUUUACUCUAACGCCCAAAGAUGAUUACGAGACUGCAGUUGGACAUCUUCAGAUUUUUAUGUCAUCCUCUGCACCUGCUGCUUUGGUAAUGCUUUAUGUUUCUACCAUUAAAGGUAACAAGGAGUGUGCCGAGAGCUCAAUUAAACAUUUUUUAAAUUCAUGUAGGAUUUCAUUGCCGAAGCCUUUGCAUACACAGUGUGCACCUAUAGUGUUAGAGUUCUGUAAGUUGCUUAGGAAAGUUGCUCAUGAUGAUCCUUUGUAUCUCUCUUGCCGGAGUACCCUUGGAUCAUUGUUGGAGACUAUGGGAGUAUCACGUGGUGCAUCAAAGUAUGGUGGUGGAGAGGAUGUAAAAGGAUUGAUUGUGAUACAGGACAUUUUCCCAUUUGUGAAUGAGUUAGCUAAUAGGUUGUCUAGGGAUUUGGUUUCAAGUAUGGAGUCUGCUACCACUGCAGGGCCAGUGCCAAGUGAUGUUCGGGAUUUCUCAGCCUUCUUGCUUCCUUUGCAUACUACAAUUACAGAGCAAGGGGGUUUUCAGGUGCCCAUUUCUAUGCCUUUGAACAAGAGAGGUUUUAGUCAUCCAUUAUAUGUGGAGGAAAUUGAGCAACUUCAUGUUAUAUUUAGUGAUUUACUGAAGAAAAUGGAUAAUUGCCUUUGCAAAAUGGAGGGUUGCUUGCCUCUGAAACCAAAUGGUGAAGGUGAGUCUACUCGCACGGCUUGGUCUCAGUAUCUUGCUAUUUUGAAGGAAUUGAAUAGCAUUGCCAAACUUUACAAAAAUGCUGAAGAACAAUUCUGGGCAGUUUUGAGGCUUAGGAAGGCUUCCUUAUGUGUUCUAAUUGUUAAAUAUGCAAAACGAAAUGAUGAUCAUCAGUGGCUUCUUCAGCAUAAGGAUGUCACUGAUUUUGAGUCCAGAAGGCAUUUGGCAAUGAUGAUGUUCCCUGAGGUUAAAGAAGAUUAUGAGGAGCUGCAUGAGAUGCUCAUUGAUAGAUCACAUCUGUUGGCAGAGUCAUUUGAGUACAUAGCACGAGCAGACCCUGAGGCACUGCAUGGUGGUCUAUUUAUGGAAUUUAAAAAUGAAGAAGCUACUGGUCCUGGUGUAUUGCGGGAGUGGUUUUUCUUGGUUGUCCAAGCAUUGUUUAAUCAACAAAAUGCGCUUUUUGUUGCAUGUCCCAAUGAUCGUAGAAGAUUUUUCCCUAGUCCUACAUCGAAGGUGGAUCCCAUGCACCUCGAUUAUUUUACGUUCGCUGGUCGAGUUAUUGCAUUAGCUUUGGUGCAUGAAGUGCAAGUUGGCAUUGUCUUAGACCGUGUGUUUUUCUUGCAAUUGGCUGGAAGGCAUAUAUCUUUGGAGGACAUACGUGAUGCAGAUCCGUGUUUAUACAGUAGCUGUAAGCAGAUUCUUGAAAUGGAUGCUGAUUUUAUUGAUUCAGAUGCUUUAGGAUUAACAUUUGUCAGAGAAGUUGAAGAGUUGGGAUCAAGAAAAGUUGAGGAACUUUGCCGUGAUGGGAAAAGCAUUUCUGUAACUAGCAAGAACAGGGAGGAAUAUGUUAAUCUUCUCAUUCGACAUCGCUUUGUCAAAUCAACCUCUGACCAGGUAUCUCGAUUUGCAAGAGGUUUUGCUGAUAUCCUUUGUAACUCAGAUCUCCAGACAUUCUUUUUCAAAAGUUUAGAGCUUGAAGAUCUUGAUUGGAUGCUAUAUGGAAGUGAAAGUGCUGUCUGUGUAGAAGAUUGGAAGGCACAUACCGAGUACAAUGGUUACAAAGAAACUGAUCCUCAGAUAUCCUGGUUUUGGAAGAUCGUUGAAGAAAUGUCAGCAGAGCAGAGAAAGGUUCUUCUCUUCUUUUGGACUUCGGUGAAGUAUCUACCAAUUGAAGGUUUCCGCGGUUUGGCUUCAAGACUGUACAUUUAUAAGUCGUCAGAGCCCCACGAUCGCCUGCCCUCAUCUCACACAUGCUUUUAUCGGCUGUGCUUCCCACCUUAUUCCUCAAUGGCUGUCAUGCAAGAUCGGCUAAAUGUCAUCACCCAAGAACAUGUUGGCUGCAGCUUUGGUACUUGGUGACACAAGGCACAAAAAGGGUUUUAAAUUGCACAUAGAAAAAUUUGAACUCGGUUGUACAGAUAGGAUCAUGUCAUUGGUUUUCUUAAGACUGUAAGGAGGUGUUUUAGUUAUUUGUGCACCUUUUUAAAAGGUUUUGAUGUCAUUGCUCUUUUUUUGCCAAUGUUUAUAUAGGUAUAGCGUAAAUAAUGGAGGCAAGAAGGAAUAAAAUUUCCCUGCUUCUAUGGAAUCUAGCAAAACCAGCUGCUUUUCAUCACCUUGUAAGUACACACCUUACGCAAUGACAUCCAAAUCAAUAGAUUAUAAUUUCUUA